GUCAAAUCGUCGCGACCCAACCGCGCGUUGUUUGUAGAUAGACAGUUGUGGUGCGGUGUGACUUCGUCUGUCUUUAGCAGUUUUCUGUGCGGAUUUCCUCAGCCUGCUCCUUGGUGUGAAGACAGCAGAAGCUCUUUAUCGACUGUUGAGCAGGUCGGAGUCCAGGCGCAGACAUGUUUAGCCCCCGGAACACUCCGGUCUCCGGCCGCAGGCAGCAGGGCAGAACCCCAGGGAGGAAGAGCGUCUCCGGGGCGGCUGCUGGGCUCAUGUUUUCCCCGCGCAGGACGCCUAUGACGCCGAGGUCGACGUCGUCCCGAGUGCAGAACCACACAGCCACAGAGACCGUUCACUAUGAUGUGAUGCCGUUUGGCUCGGCGCUGCCAGUCAAAGUGAUGGAGGCUCUGACCAUGGCUGAUGCUGAUGACCCAAUCUCAGUAAACGUGAAUGAGAGCGGCUGGGCCUGGAUGGUUUGUGGAGAGAGACUGAUUAUCUGGAAGAUCUGCCAGACUGCUGUAGCCAAGCUGUCCGUCUGCAAAGAGCUGCAGCUGCCCAGCAGUGAGUACACCUACACGGCGGGCCUGGUGGCUCUGACCUCUGCGACCCCUCUGGAGGCGGCCGCUGUUCAGUCCAUCUCUGUCCUGGCCGUGGCUGCAGAAGGGAGGGCUCGCUUCUGGCCAAGCCUGGCGCACGAAGGCACCUACACAGAGUGUGACGUCAACCUGGGGGACCUCUGCAACUUUGUUGUUGCUCUCAGAGGUGGAAGCUUCGUCUUAUCGUCUGUGAAGAACCAGCUGCUAAGAGCGAGGGCAGACUCUUCAGGGAAGCUGCAGUAUCGAGCUCUGCAGCAGGGUCAGGGGAUGCUGUCUGGUAUCGGACGCCGUGUGUCCAGCCUGUUCGGCAUCCUCUCCCCUCCAGCUGACGACGUGCUCCACAGUGUGCUGUGGGUGGAAGGAACCAGCUGCCUGUACUCUCUGACCAGUUCCACUGUGAGUAAGUGGGAGGUGGACGACAGCACCGAGCACCAGUUGUACAGCUGGGACACCAGGAAAGCUCUGACUGAGAGCAUCGUGGAUUCAAUCUGGGGGUCAGAGAGCAACUACGAGGAACUGAAGGAGGGAGCAAAUGUCACAUACCUGGAUAUGAAGUUCAGCCAACUGGGCCUGGUGAUUUUGGCUGCUGCCUGGCAUCCAUCAGAUACUCCAUGCCUGGCGUAUUUCUGCCUGGUCACCCUGCAGGAGUCAGGAGGCACCAUCUGUGACCAGUUCAACGUUGAAGUGACUAAGUAUAGCUGUCCAUUCCAGAGUGAGGAAGACCUGCAGGCCACACACUUUGUGCUGCCCGAUCCACCUGGCACUACCGCCCUUCUGUACAACAAGGCGAUGGUGUCCGCCUGCUCAACAGGCACCAGCAGGGCGGCGCUACCAGAUGAGAAAAUUAGCUUUAACUCACCAGGUGAUAUUAUACAUGGAGGAGGCUGCUGCGCCAACCUGCCGGUGUUCUUCUCCCAGAACAGUGGUCUGAUAGCAGUGGUGGGCAGAGAGAGUGCCUCCAUCCUGCCGGAGACCAUGGAGGACUCGCUGUGCUCUUCCCUGGCUGCAGCACCAGAGAUUUCUGCGAUGGAAACACCAACCAGAUCAGAGCUGAUUGCCCAGGAGGAUAAAACCAAACUGCUGAAGACAGCCUUCCUGCAGUUUUGUCGUAAGGAUCUGGUUGGAGCUCAGACGUUAACAGAUGACCUGUUUCCUGCUGACGGUGAUGGAGAGGAAGGAGCUGAGCUGGACAGCAUUGUGGUUCAGAUCGACCUGGAACUGGUGGAUGAUUACCCAGCUUCAGACCCUCGCUGGGCUGAGUCUGUCCCUGGUGAGACUGUUGGUUUUCCUCUCACAUCCCUCAUCAUCCUCCACCAGCUGGAAGACAAGAUGAAGGCUCAUUGUUGCUUCAUGGACUUCCUGCUCCAGGUGGGUCUGCUGGACCGGCUCAGCCAGGUGACCGUGAGAUCGUAUCCCAUGGCAACACGCCUGCUGUUAUGUGAGCACGCUGAGAAGCUGCAAGCGGCCAUGGUGCUGAAGAACCACCACAACAAACACGCUGAGCUGGUGAACCGAGCCAUCAACAUCACUCUGCAGAGGAGCAACACCCCCGUGCCCCCUAGCCUCACAGCAGCCGAUGUCUUCUUCAGGGAGGUGUCUCAGAUCUCCCUGUUGUUUGACGGUCUGGUCGAGGAGGAGGAGCGGAUCCUGAAGGAGAAUCCAGUGGACUCCAUGGAGUGGGCUGAGGCUGUCCUCACAGUUAACACCAUUCUCAAGGACGUGCUUCAGGCUGCAGGUCAGUACAGAGAAACAAAAGCCUUCAUGUACAGAGCUUCAGAAAACGCAGCUGCAGAGCCUGAAUAUAUUCCAUGGACAGCAUCCGGUGGUGUAGGAGGCGUUCGCACCAUCAUUUCCCACCAGCAUGAAAUCAUCCUGCACUCAGUCUACCCACACGCUGACUCGGAGUUACGCAGUGUCCUGUGCGAGCAGCUGGUGGCGCUGCUGGACAUCUACCUGGGUGGCUUUGUGGCCCAGCUAUCCUCUCUACAAAAGCAAGGAGCCCUGGGGACCCAACAGGAGCGCUACGACACCUUGGAGAUGGAGUACAGCCAGCGGCGCUCAGAGCUGCUCAGCCCCCUGCUGGAGCUCGGGCAGUAUCAGUGGGUUGCUGCGCUGGCUGAGAAGUACUGCGACUUCGACAUCCUGGUCCAGAUGUGUGAGCAAACCGACAACCAGAGCCGCCUGCAGCACUACGUGGCUAAGUUCGCUGACCAGAACUUUGAUGACUUCCUGUUCCGUUGGUACAUGGAGAAAGGAAAGAGGGGGAAGCUGCUGUCCCAGGCCGCCGUGCAGCACCAGCAGCUGGCCAGCUUCCUGCAGUCUCACCAACACCUCAGCUGGGUUCACUUCAUCUACAUGAACGACUACCAGAACGCCCACAGGACUCUCUACAGUCAAGCCAACAAAGAAACACGCUACUUUGUAAAGAAGAAGACGCUGCUGGCUCUCAGUAAACUGACUGCGCUGGCCUCAGACCUGCCUCAGGACAAGCUCAGCAAACAAGUCGAUGAUAUUGUGGAGCAGGAGCGCUUCCUGCUGCACCAGGAGACUCUCCCCAGGCGCCUCCUGGAGGAGAAACAGCAGAACCCCGACACCAUGCCUCUGCUCAGCGCUCAAAACCUCAUAGAGCUGUACAUCUGUGAUGACAACAGGCAAGCCAACGAGUAUGACUUCAAAAAAGCUUUGGACCUGCUGGAGUACAUCGAUGAGGACGAUUCUGUGGACAUCGAUUCUCUGAAGUGUGAAAUCUUCAGCAAAGCGCUCAGGAGGGACGACUGGUCCUCUGCUGACGGGAACGACGAUCCUCUGGAAGCAGCUAAAGACAGCAUCUUUGUCAAGAUCCUCCUAAAACUCAUUCAAGAAGGUGUUCCCCUGCAGACAUACCUGCCUGAUGUGAAAGAGCUGCUGGAACAAGACGAGUUGAGCACUUUGAAAUCAAAGCCCUACUUUGAAUUUGUCCUUCGAGCCAACUAUGAACAUUACCUUCAGGCUCAGAUGUGAUGACUGCUUUUUCUCGCAGUAAAGCUCGUCGUGCUUCUGUUUGUCUUUAUACUCUAAUGAUGUUCAAGAUUUGUAUGAGUUGUGCUCUUUUUCUAAAUAAAUAUGUUGGUAAUUCUGGA